CUUCAGUGUGUUAUCACGUCGUUUUCGUCAGGCAGGUUCCUUUUGUGUGCAUUUCACUAUCAUAAUUCAUCCAUAAGUCUUCCAUUAACGGUUAUUCUAAACAAAUAAAAUCAGCACCAAAAUGCUACAUAGGAUUUUGGCAAUCAUGUUUACCAUAAUGGCAGCUCUGACGUUUUGGAGUGGCGUGCCCGUGGUAACAGUGGAGGAGGGUCAGGUGUCUGGCAUCACUGAGAUCUCCACGAAGGGCAAGGCAUUCUACUCCUAUUACGGCAUCCCCUUUGCCAAGCCUCCUGUGGGAGAACUCAGGCUCAAGAACCCGGUUAAGGCUGAGAGCUGGGAAGGCGUGCGGGAUGGAUCAAAGAAGCCCUCCUCGUGUCUCCUUGUGCCGCUGUUCUUCUCUGUGAUGGGCAUUGUUAAGGCGCCAGAGGAACUGCUGGGGGAUGAGGACUGCCUCUACCUAAACGUUUUUACACCGAAAGUAAGUCAGAAUACUUGAAAAAUGCUCAAGGAAAGUCUUCCAGUGAUGGUGUGGAUCCACGGAGGUGGAUUUCUCGCUGGCAGCUCUCAUGAAUAUCGACCUCAAGUGCUCAUGAACCACGACAUUGUGCUUGUAGUUUUGCACUACAGACUUGGUAUCAUGGGAUUCCUGUCCACAGAGGAUGAGGUGAUUCCAGGGAACUUUGGGCUGAAGGACCAGACCCUCGCCCUCCGCUGGGUGCAGGACAACAUCCACAACUUUGGAGGAGACGCCCAUAGGGUCACCAUCUUCGGCGAGAGUGCUGGGGGCGCCUCUGUCCAUUAUCAUAUAUUGUCACCCAAAUCAAAAGGUCUCUUCUCUCGUGCCAUCAUGCAGUCGGGGUCGGCCAUCUCGCCGUGGGCUUGCCGGGAAGACCUCCGGACUGUGGCUGAGGAAGUGAGCGAAAGAGUUGGCUGCUCCAAAGGCAGCGGCAGCCAGGACAUGCUUACUUGUCUGCAGAAGGUGGAUGGACGGAGGUUGGCUGUAGUGGUUCAGGAUUUUAUGAGAUGGUUCAUCUUGCCCGUUGUUGCUUUACCUCAUGUUGAUGGAGACUUCCUACCGGAUCACCCCGCGCGUCUGAUGCGUAACGGAAACUUCAACCAAGUAGACCUCAUGGCUGGUUUCACAAGAGACGAUGGAGCUAUAAUAACAAAUCCGAUGCUUGUUCGCGAGGACCUCCUCCCUACUUUGCAGAACAACUUUUCCACCAUUGGCCCUCUCAGCCUGAUGGUUGGGCCUGAAGUUCAAGACACAAGUGCUUUUAUCACCAAAGUCUACCAACACUACUUAGGCAACGCAACCAUCGACCGCGACCGCAUAGAAGAGCUCACUAAGCUGAAUACAGACUACUCGUUUGCGAUACCACACGACCUGACGACCAGCUACCACGCUCGGGUUCCAGGUCUUGCUACUUACCGCUACGAGCUCAAGCACCGAUCCCAGCUGUCCAUGGGAGAUUUCUACAACACAGAUAAAGGGCGUCACUGGAUUCCUCACGGGGACGACCUGUACUACCUGUUCGCCGGCGGGCCGCUCCUCAGCCCCGGCCGCCUGCCCGACCGCCUGCCUGACCUGCAGAGCCAAGAGGACCUGCGCCUCAGGGACAUCAUCACCACCACGUGGACGAACUUCGCUGCCACGGGUAACCCGACACCUAACGACGCCCUUGGCUUCAAGUGGGAGGCGGCAACCGAGGACGACCUUCGGUACCUCGCCCUCACGCCCUCGCCCGCCAUGGAGGCUGACCAGCGACAGGAGGCGAGUGACUUCUGGUGCAUCAUUAGCUAG